AUGAAGUAGUAGUUUUUCUUGAAAUAUCUAUUUUAGAUUAAUAGAUAAUUUAACUUUGUCUUAAAUAUGUUGUUGAAAAAAGGUAAGAUUUAAUAUUAAUAGAUGAUGCCAAAAUAUACCUUUAAGAAAGAAAGUCUGGAAUAAUAGAAAAAAGAGAAUCAUUUAACAAAUAGAAUGUAGGAAUUUUAAAUGACAUAAAAGAAAACCUGGAAAGACUGGCACUGAACUUCGAUGUGUUUAUUGAUAAAAUUAAGGAAAAAUAUAGAGGCUGUAAUGAAGAUUAUAGUAAUUCGAUGAAAUAGAACAUAUCAAUUUAAAUAGAAAUUUAAUAAUAGAUUGACAUAUUAAUUAAAAGAAAUUUAUAAUCUCUUUUAAUUUAAUUAGGUAAUCUAUUCAAUAGUCAAUUGUAGUAAAAGUGUUAACAAUUAGUAUCAGGUUUAAAUUUUGGUAAAUAGAGUGUAACAUUGUAUAAAUUAUUUGAUAUAGGAUCUGUUAUUGAUUAAUAGACAUAGUUAAAAACAGAUUGGAAAUGUGAUAAACAUGAACAAGAAAUAGUUUUGUUGAUAUAUCUUAAUAAAAAAGUAUUUAAAAUAAAUUAGCUUAUCUUGAAAUUGUUCCUGAAAAAGUUAUAUAAUACACAAAUUUAGGAUAAUUAUUAUAAUAGUGAGAUAAGUAAAUUUAAUAGGCUUUAAAAUUAUUUAAUGUUUCUUAAAGCAGUACUUCGAAUAAAUAAUAAUUAGUAUUACUUUAAUCGAAAGAUUUUUUUGAGAAGUAAUUUUAAAACUAUUUGA